AUUGCAGAACAUUCACUGGAAUCAUCAAAAAAUAAGGUUUUAAGAAAUGCUGUAUAUGUUGAAGAAGCUGAAGUGGAGAAGUGUGUCAGAGAUGUAAUGAAAGAAAAGAAGAUUGAACAGAAGGAUACAGGGUUCAAGAGAAAUUUGCAUAUAUCCUUGCUACAGAUAUCAGGUUAUAAAAAACUGUAUUUGAAUGUGGAAAACCUAAGGAAGGUCCCAUAUGAUUCAGAAAAUGAAGAACACGAGGAACAGUUAAUUGAGCUCUGGAAUUUGCUGAUGCCUCACGAGAAUCUGAAGGCCAGAAUCAGCAAACAGUGGUGUGACAUCGGCUUCCAAGGCGAUGAUCCCAAAACAGACUUCAGAGGAAUGGGGCUGCUGGGCUUAGUGAACCUGGUGUAUUUUAGUAAGCAUUACACCAAUGAAGCUCGUCAGAUCCUUUCUCGGUCAAAUCACCCAAAGCUGGGAUACUCCUAUGCCAUAGUUGGGAUCAAUCUGACAGAGAUGGCAUACAGCUUGCUCAAGAAUGGUGCUUUAAAGGCUCAUCUCUACAACAUGGUCUCUGGGUUGCCACAGAUGGAGCACUUCCAUCAGUUUUACUGUUAUCUAGUUUAUGAGUUUGACAAGUUCUGGUUUGAAGAGGAACCAGAAAGCAUUAUGCACUUCAACCAGUACAGAGAGAAAUUCCAUGAAAAAAUUAAGGGACUUCUACUGGAUUACAAUGUGGUACUGACCUUACAAGAUACGAAGAAACCUUAAUUCCUCUGCAGUAAAUGAGGUUCUGUAUCAAAAAUUGGGUGAUGCAUUUGGACAGAAGUUUUGUGUGUUUCACCAAAAACUGCC